UGAUUGUUCUGUUUACAUACAUAACAUAGUACUAAAGUAGAACAUUGGAAUUUGGGGUUUCUAAUCUGAUUCUUUGCUUGUCUGCAAAUUCCAAAAAGGAAUUUCAGAAAAGAUAACCCUACCAGAGAGAAAAGAAUCAUCCCUCCUAACGUCUUAAUCUUUCUUUACUUUCUGCAAAAAUGGGUUCUCCUCGCCUCUGUUUCUUAAGUCCAUCAAUACUCUUAACAACUACUUCUAUGCUUAAGAAAUUUUAUAGGGAUUCAAUCCAUUUAGUUGUUUUUGUAAAAUGGCGAGUACUAGUGGUACGAAGAAUGAAAUGCCACCUAGAAACUUAUCUAGAAGGAUGACUAGGUCAGCUACAAUGUUAGAUGUACCUGAAGAUGAUACUGCUGCUGUAGAUAGUGAGCUUGUUCCAUCUUCACUUGCUUCUAUUGUUCCAAUUCUUCGUGUUGCUAAUGAGAUUGAACCUGAAAACCCUAGGGUUGCUUAUCUCUGUCGCUUCCAUGCGUUUGAGAAGGCGCAUAAGUUGGAUCCUAAGUCCAGUGGACGAGGAGUUCGUCAGUUCAAAACUUAUUUGUUGCACAGGCUCGAAAAGGAAGAACUGGAAACACAACCUCAACUUGCAAAAAGUGAUCCAAGGGAAAUCCAGAGGUUUUAUCAGAAAUUCUAUGAGGAACAUAUUAAAGAUGGCAUUCAUAAAAGAAAACCGGAGGAGAUGGCAAAGCUCUAUCAGAUUGCUUCAGUAUUGUAUGAUGUACUGAGAACUGUAGUACCUUCUGAUAAAGUUGAUGAUGAGGUAACUAGAUAUGCUAGAGAAGUUGAGAGGAUAAAGGAGCAUUACGCACACUAUAAUAUCCUCCCACUAGAUGCAUUAGGCCCCCCUCCACCAAUUAUGGAGCUUCCUGAGAUAAAAGCAGCACUUCAUGCUCUCCGCAAGGUUGAUAAUCUACCUAAGCACAGAUUGCACUCCACCGUGGAUGCUUUGCAUGAGGAGGGAGAUAAAUCCACUCGUGAUGUACUUGACUGGCUUUGGUCAGUGUUUGGGUUCCAGAAAGGAAAUGUUGCAAAUCAAAGGGAGCACCUAAUCUUGCUACUCGCAAAUAUUGACAUAAGGAAUAAGCCCCCUGAAAACUAUGUACAGCUGGAAAGUUACACUGUCAAGCAUCUGAUGGAUAAAAUCUUCAAGAAUUACCGUUCUUGGUGUAACUAUUUGCAUCGUGGAUCAAACCUAAAGUUUCCAAUUAAUGUUGAUAGGCAACAGUUGGAGCUUCUCUAUAUUGGUCUCUAUCUUCUUAUCUGGGGUGAAGCUUCAAAUGUUCGAUUCAUGCCGGAAUGUAUCUGCUAUAUCUUCCAUAAUAUGGCAAAUGAGCUAUAUGGAAUUAUGUAUGGCAAUGUUCAAACUGUCAGUGGGCAAACUGUCCAAACAGCAUAUAAUGGUGAAGAAUCAUUUCUACGGGAGGUUAUAACUCCUAUUUAUCAGGUCAUGCGCAAGGAAGCUCGGAGAAACAAGGGGGGCACGAAUAGCCAUUCAAAAUGGAGAAACUAUGAUGAUCUGAAUGAAUAUUUCUGGUCAGACAAAUGCUUUAAGCUAGGGUGGCCGAUGGACCAUGCGGCAGAUUUUUUUGUGCAUACAGAAGAGAUACCUCCUGCAAACGAGCGUCCGAACCAAGUUGUUGCCGGAAAAAGAAAACCCAAGACAAAUUUUGUUGAAAUACGUACAUUUUGGCACCUUUUCAGAAGUUUCGACCGGAUGUGGAUAUUCUUUAUACUAGCGUUCCAGGCUCUGGUUAUUGUUGCAUGGAGUCCUUCUGGAUCUCCUACUGCUUUGUUUGACGGAGACGUAUUUAGAAGUGUUGCAAGUAUUUUUAUUACUUGGGCUUUCCUAAUUUUUCUGCAAGCUACUCUGGACAUAAUUCUUAGUUUUAAGGCUUGGGGAAGCAUGAAAUUUACCCAAAUCGCUCGGUACCUCUUGAAAUUCGCCAUUGCUGUUGUAUGGCUGAUAAUCCUGCCAUUAACUUAUUCUACUACGGUGCACAAUCCAACAGGACUAGUCAAAUUUUUCAGUGGUUGGGUUGUAAAUUGGCAAAACCAGCCACUUUAUCAUUAUGUUAUAGCCGUCUACAUGAUACCCAAUAUACUGGCAGCAUUAAUAUUUUUGUUACCACCUCUUCGGAGACAUAUGGAACGUUCAAAUUGGCGCAUUGUUCGCUUUCUCAUGUGGUGGUCCCAGCCAAAAUUAUUUGUUGGAAGAGGAAUGCAUGAAGAUAUGUUCUCACUUCUCAAGUAUACUUUGUUUUGGAUCCUGUUGCUGAUAAGCAAAUUGGCGUUCAGCUACUACGUUGAGAUAUUGCCAUUAAUUGAGCCGACAAAGCUAAUAAUGGGCCUGAGAGUUGGUAACUGGGAAUGGCAUGAGUUUUUCCCCAAUGUAAAACAUAAUAUUGGUGUUAUUAUCUCCAUAUGGGCACCAAUUGUCCUGGUAUAUUUCAUGGAUGUGCAGAUAUGGUAUGCUAUAUUUUCUACCAUAUGCGGUGGCAUUCAUGGAGCGUUCAACCACCUGGGCGAGAUACGGACCCUCGGGAUGCUGCGGUCCAGAUUCGAUGCAGUUCCUAUAGCUUUCAGUGAACGACUUGUGCCAUCCAUAAAAGAAGAUUCCAAAAAAAACCACAUGGAUGGGACAUGGGAACGAAAGAACAUUGCGAAAUUUUCUCAGGUGUGGAAUGAGUUCAUCAAUUGUAUGCGAACUGAGGACUUAAUAAGCAAUAGGGAGAGGGAUCUGUUGCUAGUACCAUAUUCUUCUAGUGAUGUCAAUGUUGUCCAAUGGCCUCCUUUCCUGUUGGCUAGUAAGAUCCCUAUAGCAUUGGACAUGGCAAAAGAUUUCAAGGGUAAAGACGACGCGUACUUGUUCAAAAAGAUCAAGAAUGAUCCUUACAUGAUCUCAGCUGUGAUUGAAUGCUAUGAAACAUUAAGAGAUAUAUUAUAUAGCCUUCUGGAUGAUGAUGAUGAUAAACAGAUAAUUAGGAAAAUAUGUCAUGAAAUAGAUGAUAGUAUAAUGAAUCGUGGAUUCUUGAGUAACUUCCGUAUGAGUGAGCUGCCACUACUCAACAAUAAGUUGGAGAAACUUCUAAACCUUUUGAAAGACGAUGAAGAUGAGUCGUACAAGGCACAAAUUGUCAAUGUACUUCAGGAUAUUAUGGAGAUCAUUACUCAAGAUGUGAUGACAAAAGGACACAUAAUUCUUGAAUCGCACAAGAAAGAUCAUCACGUGGAAAGGAAAGAACAGAAGUUUCAAAAGUUAAAUCUGAACCUUAUGCGAAACAGAUCUUGGAUGGAGAAGGUUGUUCGGCUUCAUUUGCUUUUGACCGUCAAGGAAUCUGCAAUUAACGUGCCAAUGAAUCUAGAAGCCCGUCGCCGCAUCACCUUCUUCACUAACUCCUUGUUUAUGAGCAUGCCAAGUGCUCCGAAAGUCCGUAACAUGCUAUCUUUCAGUGUUUUGACUCCCUACUAUAAGGAAGAUGUUCUCUAUUCCGAGGAGGAGCUAAACAAAGAAAAUGAGGAUGGAAUCUCAAUUUUGUUUUACUUACAGAAAAUAUAUCCCGAUGAGUGGAACAAUUUCUGGGAGCGUAUAAAUGAUCCAAAAAAUGUAAACCCGGCGAAAGAUAAAACAGAUUUAGUUCGUCAGUGGGUAUCUUAUAGAGGACAGACACUUUUUAGAACAGUGAGAGGAAUGAUGUAUUAUAGGCAGGCAUUAGAACUUCAAUGCUUCCUAGACAUGGCUGAAGAUCCUGCCAUUUUUGGUGGUUAUCGAGCAGACAGUCUACACUAUCAGGAUCAGAUGGCUUUUGCUGCUCGUUCACAAGCUGUGGCCGACAUGAAGUUCACAUAUGUGGUUUCUUGCCAAGUCUAUGGCGCCCAGAAGAAAUCCAGUGAAGCUAGGGAUAGGAGUUGUUACCAAAACAUCCUUAAUCUCAUGCUAAUGUAUCCAUCACUUCGUGUUGCAUAUAUAGAUGAGAGAGAGGAGACGGUGGCUGGAAAGUCAGAAAAGGUUUACUACUCAGUUCUUGUCAAAGGAGGAGACAAGUUGGAUGAAGAAAUAUACCGCGUCAAACUUCCAGGUCCUCCGACAGAUAUUGGUGAAGGAAAACCUGAAAAUCAAAAUCAUGCAUUAAUAUUCACCCGUGGUGAAGCACUUCAGACAAUAGAUAUGAAUCAGGAUAAUUACCUUGAAGAAGCUUUCAAAAUGAGGAAUGUUUUGGAAGAGCUUCUAAAAACUCGUCGAGCAGAUCGAAAACCUACAAUUUUGGGUCUCCGAGAGCACAUCUUCACUGGAAGUGUUUCAUCACUCGCUUGGUUCAUGUCUAAUCAAGAGACCAGUUUUGUCACUAUUGGGCAACGAAUCUUGGCAUACCCCUUGAGAGUUCGCUUCCAUUACGGUCAUCCUGAUAUCUUCGACAGACUCUUUCAUCUGACAAGGGGAGGCAUUAGCAAAGCUUCCAAAACAAUAAACCUGAGUGAAGAUAUAUUUUCAGGUAAAAUCCCAGCAAUAGCUGAAGUAUUUAGAUUUGCACGACUUAUCAGACGGAUAAUCUUCAAAACAUUUACAGGGUACAAUUCCACCCUACGAGGAGGAUAUGUAACUCAUCAUGAAUAUAUUCAAGUGGGAAAAGGACGUGAUGUCGGAAUGAAUCAAAUAUCACAAUUUGAGGCUAAGGUAGCUAAUGGAAAUGGAGAGCAGACACUGAGUCGUGAUGUUUAUCGUCUAGGACGGCGCUUUGACUUUUUCAGGAUGUUAUCAUUUUACUUUACCACAGUGGGUUUCUACUUCAGCAGCAUGGUCACUGUGCUUACUGUGUAUGUAUUCUUAUAUGGGCGACUUUACUUAGUUCUGAGUGGUUUGGAGAGAGCAAUUCUUGAGGACCCAAGCAUCCGGCAGAGUAAAUCUCUUGAAACAGCUUUGGCUACACAGUCGGUGUUUCAGCUUGGGUUAAUUUUGGUCCUUCCGAUGGUGAUGGAAAUUGGUCUAGAAAGAGGGUUUCGAACCGCCGUGGUUGAUUUUAUAGUUAUGCAAUUACAACUAGCAUCAGUCUUCUUCACGUUCCAACUUGGUACAAAAGCGCAUUAUUUCGGUAGGACAAUAUUGCAUGGAGGAGCAAAAUAUAGAGCUACUGGUCGUGGAUUCGUUGUGUUCCAUGCAAAAUUUGCCGAUAAUUACAGAUUUUACUCACGAAGUCAUUUUGUAAAAGGGUUGGAGAUGAUGAUACUGUUGGUCGUGUAUGAAGCGUAUGGAAGAUCUUACCGAAGUUCAAAUUUGUAUCUGUUUGUCACAUUUUCCAUGUGGUUCUUGGUUGCUUCUUGGUUGUUUGCACCUUCAAUAUUCAAUCCAUCUGGAUUUGAGUGGCAGAAGACGGUGGAUGACUGGACAGAUUGGAAAAGGUGGAUGGGAAAUCGUGGGGGUAUCGGUAUCCAGCCAGAUAGAAGUUGGGAAUCAUGGUGGGAUGCUGAACAAGAUCACCUUAAACACACUGAUAUUAGGGGUCGUAUACUUGAAAUUAUCCUAGCAUCUCGCUUUUUUCUGUACCAAUAUGGUAUCGUUUACCACCUCAAUAUAGCUCACCAUAGCAAGAAUAUUCUGGCAUAUGGGCUCUCUUGGCUGGUUAUGGCAACGGUUUUGUUGGUUUUGAAGAUGGUAUCAAUGGGUAGACGAAGAUUUGGGACCGACUUCCAACUCAUGUUUAGAAUUCUGAAAGGACUUUUAUUCCUUGGCCUGGUAUCAGUCAUGACCGUCUUAUUCGUAGUUUGUGGUCUCACCGUAUCUGAUGUGUUCGCUGGCAUGCUUGGAUUCUUGCCUACUGGGUGGGCCCUUCUUCUGAUUGGCCAAGCAUGCAGACCCUUCUUAAAGCAUAUAGGGUUCUGGGACUCCAUAAAGGAACUAGCAAGAGCAUACGAAUACGUUAUGGGGAUGGUAGUUUUCAUGCCCGUCGUCAUAUUGUCUUGGUUUCCGUUUGUUUCAGAAUUUCAAACGCGAUUAUUGUUUAACCAAGCAUUCAGCAGAGGUCUUCAAAUAUCAAUGAUUCUUGCAGGAAGGAAAGACAGAACUGCAUCUUCUAAUUGAGAUCUAAAAUUAAUUCAUUCACUUUCCUUGCUCAGAAUUGUACCAUAUUUUGUUCUAUUUUAUAUAUCUUUGUAGUGAUAGAAUUUUAGUUACUCUUAGAAUAAAAAGGGCGUUCCUUUAUAUACCCUAGAAAUUACUAU